GUAUAAUCGAUUUAUUACUUGCGAAGACUAAAUCCUUCAAAUUAACUUGCGUCACACGAGCUUUUGUAUCAGCUGAGCAUUUUGCUGUUAAAUACUGACUGUUCACUUCGCUUUUUAUCUGGCCCCUACGAUCUGCGACACCGUCAUCUAACGACUUAUAUUCUCACUUGUACACGAGUCGAUAUUCCGGGUUUUAUUUAACGAUUCAGCGACAAAGCUACUCAUUUCGAACAUAAUCAUUAAAGUAAAUACACGGCCAAUAUGAAUUCACGACCUAUGAAGCACAUUGAUCGCGAGGAUCUCUACACGAACCUCGAAGCCCGUGUUCAGUAUCUUCACUCGUUCCUCGACUUCUCAAGCCGUGACAUUGAAGCUCUCAUCACUGGCGCAAAAUACGUCAAGGCCCUCAUCCCCGCCGUCGUCAACAUCGUCUAUAAAAAACUGCUCCAAUACGAUAUCACAGCUCGUGCUUUCACCACCAGAAGUACUUCCUUCGAAGGCCCUCUCGAUGAAAUCCCCGACGAGAACAGUCCACAAAUUCUGCACAGAAAGAUGUUUCUGCGCGCUUACCUUAUGAAACUGUGCUCAGAUCCCAGCAAGAUGGAGUUUUGGGAGUAUCUGGACAAAGUUGGAAUGAUGCACGUUGGUCUCGGUCGCAAGCACCCUCUUCACAUCGAAUACGUCCACCUUGGUGUCUGUCUCGGCUUCAUCCAGGACAUCAUGACCGAAGCUAUCCUCUCGCACCCUCGUCUACAUAUUCAGCGCAAGACAGCUCUCGUCAAGGCUCUUAACAAGGUCAUCUGGAUCCAGAAUGACCUCAUGGCCAAAUGGCAUGUCAAGGACGGUGCCGAGUUCGAGACAGGCGACUCUGAUAUCGAGAUUGAGCGCGAGGGCUACUUGCAUGGAAAGCGCAUCAUUGGCGAGGGCAGUGGUUCAGGUACUGAGGACGAUGCCUCAGAACAUCACCAGAACGCCCCGUCAAGAAUUCCGCAUCCUAGUGGUAUGCCCGCCGGUGGUGUGUGUCCCUUCUCGGGGAUGGGUGCUCCAGCUGAGGAUGAGGAGAAGUAAGUGGCUAGAUCUCAGAUUCUUGAGAUUGGUCUCAAGAGGAGAUGAUGAUGGACUUUCAACAAUACAUAUCUGGCGUUUGUGAUAAUGACCUAUUUUGGGGGUGGGAUUGAGACAUUCGGGGUUCAAGGAAAUCUUUUUGGUGCAUUUCUUUAGGAUAGAGUAUUGGUAUGAGAAUCACGGAAGGAAGAAUACCACGCCUCUUUUUCAUUUCAUCC